GUUUACAGUUUUUAAAAAAAUUAGUGCAAUUUUGUAGCAUUGCUUUACAGAGCAAAUUAGCUAGAUUUAAUUUAUUUUUUUGAAAAAUUAUUGAAUUUUUUGUUUUUUAGCUCCUUCUUGAAAUAGACAUACAGCAUCACUUGGCCAAAGAGGUAGAUUACAAAUGAGUGAUGAAAAGAAAAGUGUUUGGCCUGUGCUCUGGAAUGAAGAUGCCGUUGAGAUAACAAGGCUCAAAGAAGAUGAUGAUAGAAAAGAAAAUUGGAAAAGAUGGGGGCCAUAUCUAUCAGAAAGACAAUGGGGAACAGUAAGAGAGGAUUAUUCCCCUAAUGGAGAAUGCUGGGAGUAUUUCAGUCAUGACCAUGCGAGGUCAAGAGCCUAUCGGUGGGGUGAAGAUGGGUUGAUUGGGUUUACAGACCGGCAAUGUCGUCUUUGUUUUGGUUUGAGUCUUUGGAAUACAAAGGACUCUAUAUUAAAAGAAAGACUUUUUGGUUUAAUUAAUUCAGAAGGCAACCAUGGCGAAGAUGUUAAGGAGCUCUAUUAUUAUCAAGACUCGUCUCCAACUCACUCUUACAUGCGAGCCCUGUAUAAGUAUCCACAAAAUGAGUAUCCCUAUGCUUGGCUGGUGAAUGAAAAUCGCAGUAGAGGUGUUGAUAAACCUGAGUUCGAGUUGCUUGAUACAGGAUUGUUCGACGAAAACAAAUAUUUUGAUGUCACUGCUGAAUAUGCGAAAAGCUCUGCUGAUGAGGUUCUAGGUUUGAUAACUGUGACGAACCGAGGACCCGACACAGCCACAGUACACGUUUUACCCACACUGUGGUAUCGAAACACUUGGAUAUGGGGUUGUCUCCACGAAGGCUGCACGAUGAAGCCCCAGAUUAGAAAAUCAGGUGAUGCUGAGGUGUUGUGUAAGCACGAGAGCCUAAACAAAUCCAAAUUCUAUUGGGAUGUAGGACAAGAUGGUAAACCACCUGAACUUUUAUUUACUGAAAACGAGACCAAUUCACAGAAAUUGUAUGGUACAGAGCAGUACACUAAAUACGUGAAAGACGCUUUUCAUCGAUACAUUAUAGAAAAAGAACUCGAUGCGGUUAAUCCUGAUCAACGUGGUACGAAAGUGACUGCUCAUUACGAGCUAACGUUAAAACCGAAAGAAAGCUAUCAAAUUCGAGUUAAACUCGAUAACCGCGACAACUGUGACACUUUGAAGGAUUCCUGGUUCACCAAGGAAAACUUUGAUGAUGUUUUCACGGCAAGAAAAUCUGAAACGGAUGAGUUUUACUCCAAGGUAGUAUCUUCCAAGUUAACUCCCGAAGAGCAGCAAGUCGCACGACAAGCCUACGCUUCACUCUUGUGGUCGAAACAGUUUUAUCACUAUAUUGUGAAAGACUGGAUUGAAGGAGAUCCAAAUCAACCUUCUCCUCCAGAGAGUCGAAAGGAUGGGCGAAAUAAGGAGUGGAAGCAUUUGUUCAAUCGCGAUGUUAUUUCGAUGCCAGAUAAAUGGGAGUAUCCGUGGUAUGCCACGUGGGAUCUUGCUUUCCACAUGGUUCCGUUCGGUCGUAUCGAUCCGACCUUCGCUAAAUCUCAACUCCUCCUGUUCCUACGUGAGUGGUAUAUGUCGCCUAACGGACAAAUCCCUGCUUACGAGUUUAAUUUCAAUGACGUCAACCCACCCGUGCACGCCCUGGCGGUACACAAUGUGUUUAAAAUGACUGGAAAGCGGGGCAGUCGAGACAAUGUGUUUCUUGCUCGCUGUUUUCAGAAGUUAAUAUUGAAUUUUACAUGGUGGGUGAAUCGUAAGGACCCGGAUGGAAAGAACAUUUUUAGCGGCGGCUUUUUAGGACUUGAUAACAUCGGUGUAUUCGAUCGAUCUCAACCUCUCCCAAAUGGCGGCGAAUUGGAGCAAGCUGACGGCACUGCAUGGAUGGGCUUUUUCAGUCUAAAGAUGUUAGGUAUCGCACUUGAUUUGGCUGUGGACGAUCCGACUUAUGAAGACAUGGCGUCCAAAUUUUUCGAGCAUUUUAUCAUGAUUGUGGAUGCUAUGAACGGUCUGGGAGGUAACGGUUUGUGGGACGAAGAAGAUGGCUUUUACUACGACAAGAUGAGAUGCGACGACCAAUCCAUCACGUGUCGAAUUCGCUCCAUGGUCGGACUCAUCCCUCUCUACUCCGUGUUGGUACUCGAAGAUUCCGUGGUGAAGAAAUUGCCCGGCUUUAAGAAGCGAUUAGAUUGGUUCUUAGCUAAUAGGAAGGAUAUACGAGAGAAUAUGGCUAAAGCUCCUGGCUCCGAUUACAACUAUUUGUUAUCGUUUGCUCAGCCGAAUCGUUUUAAACGAAUAUUAAAAUACCUGUUUGACGAGGACGAGUUUCUAUCGCCGUACGGUAUUCGUUCCCUCUCCAAGUAUCACAAAGAUCAUCCAUUCGAAUUGACCCUGGGUGGUCAAACUUAUUCUGUGCCGUACACGCCAGGGGAGUCUAACAGUAACUUGUUCGGAGGAAACAGCAACUGGCGUGGACCUAUCUGGAUGCCAGUAAACUUUGUUAUAAUGAAGGCGUUGGAACGUUAUGACUAUUUCUACAAAGAUAGCUUUAAAGUUGAAUUCCCGACUCGUUCUGGUAAUUUUAUCCGCCUAAAAGACGCCAGCACAGAGAUAGCUAAACGACUCAGCCGGUUAUUUAUUGCUGACGAGAAUGGACGCCGUCCUUGUCAUGGAAACGACGAGAAGUAUUGGAAAGACGACACGUGGAAGGAUGAGAUUUUGUUUUACGAGUUUUUUGACGGCGACACUGGUCGGGGUUGUGGUGCCAGUCAUCAAACUGGUUGGACAGCACUCGUUACUUCCUGUUUGGACACAGUCGCAGCGUCAAGAGAAUAAUUGCCUUUUUUUAUUUAGUUGACUACUUUGUAAUUUUGCACACAAUCGAAUAAAAUUAUAGCAAUUCGGGUGUUUUGCACGUUUUUUUGAAGAAAAAAUUAUAUACAAACUAAGACUUUCUACCAAAAAUUUUAGAACAAGUGAAGAACAUUUUUGAAAAAAACUGCUUAUUUUUUUUUAGAAACAAAAACGUGCAUAAUAUUACUCGUUGCUAAACACUGUAAAUUUCACUGGUAUAAUUUUUAUGUUGUUGUUAUAAUUAUUUAUAAUUUUUACAAUUUUUACACGAUUUACUUACAGUAUUCAUUCGCUACUCCGAACAGAUAAAUAAUUUUUUCGGAUUUAGAUGGACUUCUUUUGGAAUUUUCUGAAAAUGUUGUUAAGGUGAUAACCAAAUUAAACAUACGUUCGAAUUCCUAUUAGCGAAUGUAUACUGUAUUGGAUUCAAAUAACACUUUGAUCUACUUUGUUCCUACAAAUUUUCGCGCCAUAAAGUUUCAAGUGAGAUUUUAAGGAAAUUACUUCUUUGCAGCGCCUAUCCGUGAAAUUUAAUCAUUCUGACUUAUGCAAUCAGAGGAAAACGAAAGACACAAAUCAACAGAAUUAAUUCUCUGCGAAAAUUUGUACAGGUUGAAGUUAGUUCUUCGGUUUAUUUAAGAGCGCUCACUUAUUUAUAGAUAUACAGACACGUUUUUAUGUAAGAAUAAAGAAAAUUUAAACAGAAA